AUGAGCCAUAAUUAUUGCCGUUCAACCAGUCUCAACCUCUACGAGUAUAACAAAGAGAUAAGCAAUGCAACAUUUCACAUAUUUUUUAAUGCCACAGAUUGGAAAUUUGGCCCUUGGUGUUAUGUGAAUAAAGAAGACGACGGCGGGACUAACGAAGAAAGAAUUAGGCAACGUAAUUUAAAUGAAAUGCUUUGGCCUGAUUAUUAUUUGAUAAAUAAGAGUGGACAAUUGGAAUGUUUUGAUGAGAACAAGAAGAAUUGUACUCUUGCAAAGAUAUACCCUGACGUUGUCGUAGAUUAUGAACCUAGACGUUGUUUUGAUAAGUGUGAUGAAAUUGUUACUACUACAAGAACUACUACUAAUAAUACAGGUACCACAAUUAAGUCUACUACUAAACUGUCAAAAUUAAAAAAUUCUAACGGAACAAUUUAA